AUGACGCGAUGUCGCUCGCAUGGAGGUCUUGACGCGAAGAUGGGGCUUGCGACCACUCUCGCAGGGCUUUCGGAGGCUUUUUCAAGCCCGGAGAAGCGUCCAGCUGCACCUCCGACCAUGCCGCUUUACUUCUACAAGCUCUACGAGCUCCUACGCUCAACCGCGGUCACCGGACGGAAGAAUGUAUUCAGUCUGUUCUCGAUCACAUCGCCAAAGGCCACAAGCGCCUUGGUUAUCUUUACACAGCUAAUCGGACGCAUUCCUCCGCGCAAUGGCACUGCAGACCAGUCGCUGAUCAUCGUCCAUCGAAAAGAGCUUGUCGAGCAGGCGGCGCAUCACUGCCGUCUCGCGUACCCGGAUAAAAUGGUGGAAAUCGAGAUGGCCAACAACAAGGCGUCUGGAGCGGCCGACAUAACCAUCGCUUCGAUCCAGACCUUGCUGUCGAAAGAUCGGAUCAAGAAAUUCGAUCCCGACAGGUUCAAGCUCGUUCUGGUUGACGAAGCGCAUCAUAUCGUUUCGCCGUCUUACCGCGAGGCACUGGGGCAUUUUGGCCUGAACCAAGCUUCUGAGAACUCUCCAACCCUCGUCGGGGUUUCUGCGACGUUCUUCCGAUUCGACGGCCUGAAGCUGGGCGCCGCUAUUGAUCAUAUCGUCUAUCACAAAGACUAUGUUGACAUGAUUGGGGAGAAGUGGCUCGCGGAUGCCGUGUUCACCACGGUCAAGUCCGAGGCCGAUCUGUCGCGCGUCCGCAAGGACAAAUUCGGUGACUUUGCAAUUGGACAGCUAUCAGAAGCCGUCAAUACACAAACGACGAACAAUAUCACUGUGCGGGCGUGGCUGGCAAAUGCGAGUGAUCGCCGAUCGACCUUGGUCUUUUGUGUAGACACUGAACAUGUAAGGCGGCUUACCGAUACGUUCAGAGAGCAUGGGAUCGACGCACGGUAUAUAACGGCAUCGACGCCGACUCAUGUGCGCAAUGAGCAGCUGCAGGCAUUCAAGAACCAAGAAUUCCCCGUGUUGCUCAACUGUGGUCUCUUCACUGAGGGAACGGACAUCCCGAAUGUCGAUUGCGUGCUUCUUGCUCGGCCAACAAGGUCGAAGAGCCUGUUGAUCCAGAUGAUAGGACGGGGCCUUCGACUUUAUCCCGGGAAGAAGAACUGCCAUAUCAUUGACAUGGUCGCGACACUGAAGACGGGAGUCAUUUCUACACCGACGCUGUUCGGACUCGACCCGGAUGAGGUUCUGAACAAGUCGAGUGUGAAGGAUCUGGAAGCAAUGAGGGAUAAAAAAGCAGAAUAUCUCUCCGGCGUUUCAUAUAGCAGCCCCGAGCUAGGGGAGGAAGACGUCAAUGUCACGUUUACCAAGUACGACAGCAUAUUCGACCUGCUCAGUGACAGGAGAUCCGACCAGCACAUCCGGUCGCUCAGCAAGAACGCGUGGGUGCGAGUCGACGAGCACCGCUACGUGCUGGCCGGGAAGACCAGCUGGAUGACGAUCGACAGGGACGGCAGCGAGUCGGAAGGGCUCUUUGUGGUGCGAUUAGUGCAGAAAUUCGAGGACGAGGAGACGGGGCGACCAGUGCAUACACGGCCACGGGUGGUUGCGCGUGCCCCGGAUCUGGAGCAAGCCGUGCACGCGGCCGACACGUUCGCCAGCAGCCAUUUCAACGAGUACGCCAUCGCGGCGUUGCAGCCCUGGCGGAAGUUGCCCGCCACGCAGGCGCAGCUCGAUUUCCUGAACAAGAAGCGUCUGCGCCAGCAGGAUCUGAAACCGGGGGAGCUGACCAGGGGGCAGGCGGCGGACAUCAUCACCAAGCUGAGGUUCGGCACGAAGAAGCGUUCAUUCUUACCAUCAUUAUCAGUCAUUGCUGCAAUUCUCUACAACUAUUAUUUAUCUGUUCUUAGUAUAUGUAUAUAUAAAACAAUACUAGACUAUGAAGAUAUACUAGAUAUGGCAGGGGUGUAUAUCCUCAUGAUAUCCAUUAAAAUGUGCGGCAAGUGGACUGUAAAAUAUGUACUGAAAGAAAAUUUGGAAAAGAUAUGCAUAAGAGCAGCAGUCAGGGCUUUAAUAACCGUAAAGAGAAGUCGAAAUUGCACUCACAGAAGAAUUCCACAUUAUGUGAAACAUUCUAAAAUCAGACUUAAAAGCUCAAAUGGACUUCCAAUGCCCGAAAACAUGCAGGGCCAGAACUAUGAAAGAUCCAGGAACCCGGAGACGGAACCUAAUGACCCAUGGCUGACUCUGCGGAGAUAA